UAUUUGGUGUUUUGUUAGAUGGAGGAGCCUCCAAGGAAGUAACAGGAUAUUCAGGAGGAGGAGUCCUUAUCAAGUGCAAGUAUCAUACAGAAUACAGAGAAAACCAAAAAUAUUUCUGUAAGGGUCCAUGGCUAUCCUGUUCUGACCAAAUAAAGACAGGAGCUAAAAACGAGUGGAUAAAUUCAGGAAGAUUCUCACUGUUUGAUGACACCAUAUCAGCAGAGUUCAGUGUGAUGAUCAGAGAGCUCACUGUAGAGGACACUGGGACGUACUACUGUGGAGCUGAUAAAUUGGGAAUAGACCUUUACACACCGGUGGAACUGAAGGUGAAGGAAGAUCUGUCCUAUGAGAAGUCCAUCAGUAAGACUGUCCAUGUAGGAGGAGAUUUGAAUAUCAGCUGUAAAUACCCACAAUCCCUCAGGAGUGACCCCAAGUUUCUCUGCAAGACGAGGCUGCAACGUGCUGCUUGUUCUUAUAAAGAAUCUGUUAAAGAAAGCAGAAAAUAUGUAAAUGAGGGGAAAUUCUCCCUGUAUGAUGACAGAGAAACACAAAUGUUGACUGUGAGUAUUAGAAAUGUAACUGAGCAGGACUCUGGUGAAUACUGGUGUGGAGCUGAAGCAGCCUGGACAUCUGAUGAUGGAUACAAGGUUUAUUUCACACAGAUCAACCUGACAUAUUUCUGA